UAAAUCAAAAUCAGAAUCCUUUAGAACCGCCUCGCGGUCUAGUUUAAGGUUCUGCUCUCCACAGAUCAUAGGGCCGGCUCUAGUAUGGAUACAUAUCAUUACCGACACAGGUAUUCUUUCAUUCUCAGGAAAACUUCUAUACUGUAAAAUUUUGUUAGAGAUCUUUCACAUCAGUUAGUUGAUUGUCAACUCAAUGAGUGCUAUUGACAAUCACUGGUAUGUUGAACAUUAGCUAGUCAAUGGACGCUAAGUAACAUUUGCAGGAAAACACGCGCUGAUAAUCCCCUCUAGCUUAUUAGUCAAUUCAGGUUGCUCUCGUAACAGCUGUACCAAGAAAUGUUCUUAAAAAUGUUAAAAUACUUUGACGCAUUCAAGUCUUUUCUUUUCAUUCCCCUGUUUUUGGAAAUGGUUAUUUCAAAUGCCUCAAUCUGGUGUACUGCAUCUUUAUAUAGCUGCCUGGAGGAUCACUGUUUAUAAGCUAUAGUCUGAAAACCAUUGACAAUAGAAGAAUCCAGUGAAAAUGGACAAGUUUUUCCCUCUCUUUGCAAUUUUCAGUGGUGCUUUUCUCCUUUCAUUUCUGGGUUGCGCUCAGGACCAAUCAGAUUUCAUUAGCAUAGACAGUGGCAUCACUGAUGGUUCUAGCUAUGUGGAUGAGAUCACAAGCAUCAACUACGUUUCAGAUGCACCCUACAUAUACACUGGUGUAAGUGAAAAUAUAUCAGCUGAAAUCAACACCAUGAACAUGGACAGGCAGUAUUUGAAUCUUCGAAGCUUCCCAGAGGGAACCAAAAGUUGUUACACCCUAAAUGCUACUCAAGGAAAAAAUAAUAGGUACUUGAUCAGAGCAGGGUUUUUGUAUGGUAACUAUGACAAGAAAGGCGAUGUCCCCAGAUUUGAUUUGUAUCUUGGAGUCAACUGGUGGGAGACAGUUGUAUUAAAUAAUGCAUCCAGCUUUUUUGUAACAGAGAUCAUUCAUGUUUCAGCAUCAAAUCACAUAGACGUUUGUCUUGUGAAUACAGGCUUUGGGACACCUUUCAUAUCAGUUUUGGAGCUAAGGCCUUUGAAAAAUGACAUUUAUGUGAAUGUAUCUGGAUCUUUGGAAAAUUAUGGACGAUGUGCUUGUGGUUUAACUAGUGAUCAAGCUAUCAGGUUCCCAAAAGAUUUAUAUGAUCGUAUCUGGUCACCUUGUACCUCUCCACGCUUGGAAAUUUUGAGUACUGCUUCUACCAUCCAAGAAUCUAGUCAAGACAAUUUCCAAAUACCAUCCACUGUCAUGCAAACAGCAGUAACACCACUAAAUGAUUCUCAUUUAUUAAAAUUGCAUUGGAUGCAUGAUGAUUCCAACUCUCUAUUUUAUAUCUACUUGGACUUUGCGGAAAUCCAAGAGCUCAAGACUAAUCAGUCCAGAGAAUUGAAUAUCUAUGUGAAUGGGGAGCUAUGGUAUGGACCUUUUAGUCCUAAAUACUUGCAGACAACUACAAUAUAUCGCCCAGCAGCCCUAAACAAUAGAUCUUUUGAAGUUGUAAUCAAUAAAACAGAAAACUCAACACUAUUGCCCUUGCUCAAUGCCUUCGAGAUCUAUUUGGUGAAAGAAUUUUUACAACCAGAAACUGACCAACAAGAUGUUGAGGCUAUCUUGAAUAUCAAUUCAACAUACAGACUGAAGAGAUACUGGCAAGGAGACCCAUGUGCACCAAUAAUUUCCUUAUGGGAUGGUCUUAAUUGCAGCUAUGAGGGUCACAAUUCCCCUCGAAUAAUUUCCUUGGACCUGUCCUCAAGUGGAUUGACUGGACCAAUCUCUUCUUCCAUAUCCAAACUUACAAUGUUACAGUUUCUGGAUUUAUCAAACAAUGACUUAACAGGACCAGUGCCUGACUUUCUAUCUCAACUGCAAUUCUUGAGGGUCCUAAACCUGGCCAACAACAAGCUUUCAGGUUCAGUUCCUUUAGGACUUACUGAUAGAUCAAAGAAUGGAACACUCCUAUUGAAUGUUCGCAAAAAUCCAAACCUUUGCUCAUCGGAUUCAUGGAAGAACAAGAUUAUUAUUCCAGUGGUAGCAGCAAUUGGUUCUAUUUUCAUCCUUUUAUUAAUUGCAGCAGUUGUCUUUUGGAUCCUUAAGAGAAGAAAGCAAGGGGAGAUGAAUGAACAUAAUGGAACAUCAAAGCUAAAAGAACAAAAUUUUUCAUACUCUGAGAUCCUUAAUAUUACCAACAAUUUAGAGAGGGUUCUUGGUAAUGGGAAAUUUGGAACGAUUUUCCAUGGAUAUUUAGAUGACACACAAGUAGCUGUCAAGAUUUUCUUUUCUUCAUAUGUUCAUGGAUAUAAGCAAUUCCAAGUUGAGGCUAAAAUUUUGGCAAGAGUUCAUCACAGAAACUUGACUACAUGUUUUGGCUACUGCAAUGAAUAUACCAAUAAAGGGCUCAUCUAUGAGUACAUGGCAAAUGGAAACUUAGAAGAUAUUUUAUCUGAUAGAAAUGCAAAUUUCUUGAGCUGGCAAGAGAGACUCCAAAUAGCCAUGGAUGUAGCCCAAGGAUUGGAGUUUCUGCACAAUGGUUGUAACCCACCAAUCAUCCAUGGAAACUUGAAACCUACAAACAUCUUAUUGGACGAAAGUUUGCAUGCCAAGUUAGUUGAUUUUGGGUUGUCUAAAGUAUUGACAACUGAAGGUGCCACUUCAGAAUACCUUGAUCCUGAUUAUUAUAUCACAACCAAAUUGAUCGAAAGACAUGAUGUUUAUAGCUUUGGGCUUGUUCUCUUGGCAAUAAUAACUAGCCAACCUGUCAUCGCUAAGAAUCCUGAGAAAACUCAUAUAAUUAAACGGGUUAAAUCCUUGCUAGGCAAAGGGGAUAUUAACAAUAUUGUUGACUCAAAGCUAAAAGGAAAUUUUCAAGUUGAUUCUGUGUGGAAAACUGUGGAACUUGCAAUGGCUUGUGUAUCUUCACCUCCUAUCAAUAGGCCAACCAUGACUCGUGUGGUGAAGGAACUAAAUCAAUGUCUAGCUAUGGAGAUAGCUCGACUAAAUAGAUCAGAAGGGACAAUUGAACUGGUCACUGUAAAUCUGACUUCUGGACUGGAUCCCCAGGCAAGAUAGUGAUUCAAUAGUUAAUAACAAGAUGAGGAUGUAUAGAAUAUGCCUCCUAAUUGACUGUUGGUCUUGUAAUGAAAUAUGAUCCCUCUGUUAUCUCUAUUUUCUGUUUGUAUAGUUGGCAUGCAAAUUUGUGCAUAUACCUGACACGGCACAGAACAUCAAAGUUUAAUAAAGAGUUCAUUUAUUA